AUUAGCUAUUUCUGUGUAGGAACGAGGGGUAUAUUAAUCUAUUCUUGCUUCGUGGGUGGUACGAUGUAUCUGUCCACGUCCGUUGAAUUCAGCUCGUGUUUGACGAACAAAUUUUUCUUCGAUUUGGCAUUAACCUCUACGUCUUUUGACGUGUUAGUAUAGGAUGCCCGAAGAAUUGUAUACGUAGUUUUACAAGCUACAGUACUAGUACCUACUGCAAAAUUUAGAUGUGGAUCUAAAUGAAAUUAUUAUCCAUGAUUUGUGUGUUUUUCAUUCUAUUUUUCUGUUUUUCAAGAAGAGUUGGGUUCCUAGCGUUACAGGUUUAUCCUAGAUCAUCAAGUUUUCGUUCGAAAUUUAUGCUACUAAUCUAUCGAAGACUCCCAUUAUCACGUAAUCAAAUUUUCAAGCUGAAGUCUCUCGUUCAAGUUGUUGACGUAGAGAAAUUUUCACAGCAGAAGUGAAUCACCGUUACGGUUAUUUGAGAAAGAAACGUGAACUUUUUCCCAGAAUUCAUUGCGUUAUUGCACGAUUAUUCAUUUCGGAUUUCCUAUCAUAUUUUUCACGUUUCUUCGCUAUAUUUUAGAACAAUGUAUAGCAGAGGAAACACCCCACAAGUGGCCAAUCGAGUCGAGUCGACGUUCGACGACAUCGUCAAACGAGUUUCGAAGUUUGGCCGCUAGGGGAUUUUGUUUCUUUUCCGUUGCUUUAAUUUUAUGCAGUGUUAUCAUAACAUUCAAUUAUCGCUUACAUUACGUGUAUCAUCAAUAGAUCAGUGAUUAUAGCGUCAUGUCGAUGGGAAAUUAAAAUAUUCAAAUUACGAUUGAUUUCGAAGACAGUUCUUUUUCGAGUUAGAAAUUUUUCAACUGAAACUACGUCAACGUGAACGUACCGAAUUUGAAGUUUCUACACGGGUACUUUUGCUUCGGUGAAGUUAGCAACAUUGCGUUCAUAAUCCCAGUUAACGACCAUCUUGCAUUAUAUUAUACGUUUCUAUUGCACUUUUGUUUAUGUUAAGUUUAAUCGGAAAUAUACGAAUUUUUAUAGUUUAAAUGGUUUUAAUACGUCGAUUAACUAGUGGUGCAUCGAACAAUCAGUUAGUCUACCUUUCGAGUAUUAUUUCUAACCGUUUGGUCGCGUAAUAAGGUCAAUUAAGUAAUAUCCAACCAUCAAAAUGGUUGCCUCUUAGAAUUCGUACAAAACGAUGGUAUUUUGUUUACAAUGACACAAUUCGUUCGAUUCGCAACUGAUUUUUCAAUUACAAUGUGUCGAUUAUUGUUCGUGUAAACGUUGAUACUUCGAUACUGCCCAAGUUUCGUGUAAUUUGAUGAUAUUUCGCGUCGAAUCCAGCUUCAAAUUCGUAGCUUGUUUUUGUUCUAGAUUCGGGUUAUAUCUCCGUUCCUAGAUAAAGAAGUUAACUACGUUCUAACAGAUACGCCUGGAUGUAAUGGGAAAGUCUCGUUGACCGCAGAAACGUUGAAUAUUCUAUCACCAUGUUACUCGGUAUCGCCGGCUACUUCAGUAUCAGGAGACGAUUGUUGUGGGACGAAAAAAACUCGGACUCGGGCCGAGGCUAUGCUUGAAAGAAUUCCUGUCCAAAGUCAAACGGCAUCAUUGAAUCCGAUCGCUGACGCAGUAUCCUGGAAUAUUCCAGUUUAUUCAAUCGAAUUCUUUCAGAAGUGGCUGGAUAAAAAAUUAUCUCAGAUACAAGUAGCCAACGAAAAAAACGACUCGAAAAACGAAGCUAAUGCGAGAACGUUUGAAAAGAAAUAUUUGAAAUUGGAAAGCGUUCUCGUUAACCAAUACCGUCCAGAAUUCAAGGAGGUUAGCAAGUGGCCCUCCAUCGAUAUCAACACACUGGCAGGAUCUUAUCCCUUCGAUACGAAAUUAUUCAAAAAGUCUGAAAAAAAAGAAAAUGCGGAUAAAAAAAAAGAAGGUGAAAGAAUGAACCGUACCUGUAACAAGACUGCAAACGAGGCUGGAUAUUGUGAAAUAUGUGCUGUUCAUUAUAGUGAUUUGUCUCAACAUGUCGCUUCGAGUACUCAUGCGAAAUUCAUUUGUAACGACAAGAAUUACGCUGAUAUAGAUAAUUGUAUUAAAACUCGUUCAGUCGAAGCUUUUUUAGCUGCUCAUAAUUCCGGUGGCGGUAAUUCUUCACCUAAAGAUACUAAUUCCAACGAACCAAUGGGAAGGAAUUUAAGAAAAUCCGUAUCGUUACAUUUGAACAACAACGAAAAUUCCACCGCUGUUACCAGAUCUCUCACCAACGCGAAAUUAUUAGCUGAUGAGUCAUUAAAACAACCGUUGCAGGUGCAAUGUAACGGUUUCACGAAUUACCAUCUUCGUAAAGCGUCGACGAAAAGUGACAGCGCUAUAAUCAAAAGUCCGAACUACUACGGUAGCAAAGAUCUACUACGUGAGUCGCGUAAAUCGUACGCCUCGUGCCCGGAUGGAGCAGCGGUUCCGGCCGGUAAAGAGCCUCAUAACCAGCACUCGUCAGCAAUCAAAGAAGAAAACGUGCAUCGAUUGCGUUCGCGUAAAAGUCUAUUCUUGCCGUCUAUAUUAUUAGGCACGACAGCCGAAGACGGUCCGAAUAAAAUUCGAUCCGGUAUCUCUCCUCAGACGCCGACUUCGAACCAUUUUCUGCGUUCUUCCGUCUCACCCAGGUCGUUCCAGAAUAAUUGCGGAACCCGCAGUAGACUUCCAGGCGUUGCGAAUGCUGCCGAAGAAGAUGGCCGUAAAGGCUCAGUCGGUUCGCCCGGCUCGAUGAGAUGUAUCGAUCAGGCGAACGCUUCCAGUAUAUAUUUUACCAGGAGUAAAUUGGGCGGCGCUUCGCCUAACGAUACGGACGGCAAAAGACAUUCUCGAGGAUCGGUUUCGCCUCGAGAUGAUAACCGAGGCGCUGGCGCCAAUGGACGUAAAAGGAAGCUGAGCACAGCCACGUCCGACGAUGAAGAAGGCGGUAGCGCGUCCGCGUCGCCGCGUAAUCUACUUAGUUACCAUACGAAUAGAAAGAUGAUGAAAAAUAACGCUUCUUGUAACGAUGCCGCCCAACUAAACAACCAAAAGAAGCGGCUAUCGGUCGAAGAGAAAUUCCUCGUCGAUAAUCGCGAAUAUUAUAAAGUGGAGAUGUUACGCACCAAACUCAGAUCAACCGAAUUCUACUGCAACCAAGAGAUAAAUCAAACGGUACCGGAUACCUUCGACGACCGAGAUCCGAGAAUGGAAUCUCUAGAAGGAGGCGGUGACAAUGCCAACGGACCCGAAGCUGUGGCCGACGGCGAUAUCGACGAGCAAACGGAAAACGGCGACGCGGUCGUGAUGCGAUUCAAGAAAAUUAAACAACGUAAAUCGGCGUUGAGUUUGCUGAAUCUCGAAGCGGAGAAUUUCCUUUUCGGACCUCCGAAAAAGAACGACACCGAUGACGAGUCUGAUUCCAGUCAGGAGGAGAACGACGACGACGACGACGAAAUGCUGAAUAACGGCGUCGAGAAACGAAAUAACGACGAUGACAGAAAAACUCCCAAUGCAAAGCAUCCGAACGCGGGAGGUGCUCGAAGAACGAAGACGAAGAAACGCCGCACUCACGCCGAAGUGUUCAUUCACGAUAAUUUGGACUAUUACAGGUUCGAAAUUAGCGGAUCUAGGUUAAGACAUCAGAACGCAGAUGGUACAGAGUCGACGGCGGCCUCGUCGUCUGUCGUUAAAAACGAACCUAACGAUAAGACGACCGACGCAGCACCGAUACCUUCGUCUAGCACGUCCGCGGUGCGAAUAAUCAAAGUAAAAGAAGAAACGGUUACCGACGAAGAAAACGAUAGCAAAUUACCGCCGAAAAAGCGUGGCAAAAGUCGACGAAAAGAUACUACCGAAAUGGACAAAGAAGCCGAGAACGUGAAGCCGCAGCUGCCAACGGAUUCUACACCAGCCAAAACGGAGGAAUCCGAAGACGGUUCUGUUCCAAUUAAAAAUACAUGCUGCGUUCGUACUCCUCCGGUGGAUUCGUUACAUUUCUCAUUUGAAUCAGUGCCGGCUAAAGAGCCGUGGUAUAAGACUUUCGUCAGAUACGAUACGUGCAACGAGUACUACAUUCCGAUACCUAACACGACGAUUAGCAGAUUUCAAAAAAUAACCAAUACCAGAAACGCGUCGGCGAAAAACUCGGCAGCUUCGGCAGCCGCUGCCGCCGCAGCAGCAGCAGCGGCCAACGAACUGAAUCUGUCUCCUUUACAGCGACGUAAACGACGCUCGAAAUUGGCUCGAAUCAUAGCCGAAAGUAAACCUCGUAAGUCGCCUCGAUGUCACGCGUCCACGUUAGCAAUUUUAUCCAGUUUAACGAAUCAUCGAAGAAGAUCGCGUAAAAUACACGCCGCCGUCGAGACGCGUCGUGGUCCUAGCGAGGGUAGGGCUUCGUUAUCGAGAAGCGAAACCGGCGGCAAUGCGGCCUCGUCCGGUGCCGGGAUGAAAGCCGCGUUGGCAUUGUCGCAGGCGAAUUCGGCGCUAGAAUUCGAAGCCAGACUGAAAGAGGCGAUUAAUACGCUGGCCAAAGACGUAGACGAACAUUUUAUCGAAUUGUUUAGCAACGAAGAUUGUCGCGAUAAGUACUUAAAUUUAGUUAAUUGUAAAAAAGAUCAAAAAAUCGAAGCCGAUCCGCAUCCGACCAACGAUGCGAACGCCGAUUCGGCGCAUUGCUGUAUGCAACUCGACGAAAGCAUCUUCCUAGACCAAGAAUUUCUCGAUUGCUACAUCGACGGCACAUCGGACGCGAUCGUAGACGACAUGGCUACCUUCAUGAACGACGCGCAGCGUUGUUGUAACAGCAUGGAAACAGCCAUAGACGAAGAAUGCGCUAUACCCAGAUCGAACGACCUGCUGUCGAGAUUAUGUCGCGAGAACGACAACUCCUGCAAUAGUUCGGACUGCGGCGCCUCCAGCACUUGCGAAUUCCUCGGAUUCGCCGAAGACGGCCGAACCGUUAGUCGAAAACGUAAACGCAAACGUCCCAAUAUGACCGGAUGGCCGCACAGUAAUCGUCGCCGAAGACAUAUACGCUUCACCGAUAUAGUCCAACGCGAUGCCAACGAAUCUCCCAGUCGCCAGCCAGACACCGCAUCCGUCGAUACUGGCACCGAUAAUGAAAACGUCAGCGAAGCCGACUCCGAGUGCACGGACGACGAUAUGCCCCUCAGUGAAAUCGUAUCGAGGAAGAGGAGACGAGGCGCGAGCUUGUCUUCCGCCGGUGAUGCUGCGUCUUCGUCCGCCUCGAAAGAACAACCGCGAGACUCGACCAACGAUAGAGUGGCCAGUCGUGUGUCGUCUCGACGUUCUAGUAAAUCAUCCGUUCAUUCGCCUACGUUACCGUAUAGAAGAAGAGGCAAAAGGGGCAGGAGAAGGGUAUAAAAAAUUCUAUCGUAAUUUACUUCCGAUCGCUGGCGCUUGCUGUUGUCUUCGGAUUCUCCUAUCGUCUCUUAUGUAGUUGAUCGUUUGUGUAAUCUCCCCCCCCUCCUCCCUCGAAUAACGAGUUCGUUGAAUUUUGAUAUUUUUUUCAUUUUUUAGUUUUGAAAAUAGUUUUUUUUUUUUAAAAUAUGUGUGACUGUGUGAGAUAGAAGGGAUCGGAAAUAAGUUUUAUGGUUUUGAUCAUUCGAAGAGCGAAUUUGAAAUUGGAAUUUCAGAAAAGCUAAUCGAUCUCUCAAAAUGGAAGAAUAUUAUUUCUCGAGUGUACCAAUUUCGAUUUUUUGGCAUCCGUCAAUUUUGAUUCCUGAAAUUAUGGAAAUUCGUGUAUAGAUGUCAAAAAAUCGGAGAUUUUUCUUUUACAAUUUUUAUCAUAAUUUUUUCUUGGGGUUGAAUUUCUAAAAAUGUGAAGAUCCCAGAUCUUUGAUUUGAAAUUAAUUCCAUGACGAAUAUUAGGCUCCUUAAACAUCAAUAUAAUUUUUCAUUGUAAUUUACUUACAUUGAUGCCAAAGCUUUCGAAAAUUUUUGAGUUCUAUACUCUCCCCUUUCCCCUCAAGAAAUUUACUCCCGAUUUGAAGACCAAUAUGCGAAUUGGAUGCUUUGAAAACUUGAGUUCUUCAACUGAUAUUUUAAUGUUGGAAUUUUCAGAAAUUUUAUUUUUUCGACUCAUGCCCGUUGGAAAUUUGUAUUCGUCUGUUGUCACCAGACAUCAGCUCGAUUUAAAAAAUCGAUUUUUAACCAUCUUCUGCCGCAGUGUUUGAUCGUUAAUGGAAAUUGCUGCUAUUCCACUGAAAUAGUAGAUGAAUUUCAUGUCAUGUAAAAAGUUAUCUCCUGAUUAAAUGUUCAGUACGUAAAAAAGGAACAAAAAAUUUUCUCACAGCUCCCUUCUAUUUCAUACAGUCACAUAAUUUCAAGAUAGAUUUACACUUUCGUAGUAUUCGUCGAAUAUAGAGUACGAAACUUGAGUCUCCGAUGAAAUGACGAGUCUUGGAUCGAAAUCGAAUCAUUCAUUGCAUUUUUUUUGAGAAAUGAAUCUUAAAAAAAAUUUAAAUUCUAUAUCAAUAGCUGAAGAAUUUCUUGUUAAAUGAGAUCAGAUCCGGAGCCGAAACUCGAUACGUCGACUUAGUUUCAAAUUAUAAUGAUUGAAUAUUUUCAUUCGAAGUAAAAAAGUAUCGAUUCCGGUCGAAUUCCUCUCAAUCCUAUUUUCCUGGAAUUUGAAAAUAAUAUUUUUAUUAAAUGCCAAAAGCUCGAAUAAAAUUAUAUUCCUGAAAGGGAGUCAUCGAUUUGAUAAAAUUCUAAACCGAUCGUACCAGUCUCCAAUACUCGAUAAAAUAUCCCAUUUCUUUUUUGAAUUUUUUUAUACUCGAAAACAUAUUAUUUUUCGUUUUUUAUCGUCAAAUGGGUUCGGUCGAGAAGCGACGAAAUGAUUAAAGCGAAAGGAGAAUUAAUCUUUCGUGGUCACUUUCAUACUCUACUCGUCGACUCACGAACGACGGAAGAAACACUUGAAAACUAUUUCAACGCGAUGAAGGUGGUUUUUUUCCUCCAUCGAAAUACCGAGGAUAAGUCUAGUGGGUCGUGGAUGAAUUUCUUUUUGAAUAGAAGGCUUUAAGGAUGAAUACGUACGCUCGCUUAGAUUUUUUUCUUUUUUUUUUUGAAGCGAUAAUUUGUAACGAUAAAACCGAGCCUGUACUUCAUAUCAUCUGACGUCUACUUAAAAACACAACAAAGUCAUCAUCGUGUUGGACGUGCUUCUGAUAGUGAACUUUUUUCAAUUUUCUUUUCGCUUUCGAAGGAAAAAGGAAGGAUCUCAUUUAACGAAAUAUUUCUUCGGUACAAUUAGCUUGUCAAAUUACCAAAAUAUAUUCCAGAUUUUUUUUUUUUAUGAAUUUGAUAAGAAAUAAACGAUGAACGGUCUCUAACAUAACUACAAAAGAUUCGAAGGGAAAUAAAAGAACUGCCAAUUUAAAUUUAUAAUUAUUAUUAUUCGUGUAAAUUAUGUUUUCCUUCCCUCCCUUCCCCUCCUCUCUUUUUUAUUGUUGAUCAUUAUUUUACCAAUUUAAAAAUAAAAUGCAAUAUUUAAGAGAAAAAAAGUAUUCUUAUUUGAAUGUAUGCAUGUUGUAGUGUGAGUGUGUGGAUGAAUGAAUUUUUCGAAUACGCGAUGAAAUAUUUAAUUUAUUUAUUACAAUUUUUUCUGAAUUUUAAUUUAUACGGUACAUAUGUGUGUUGGAUUCGCGUGGAUGCGUAUUUAUUUUUAUUAUAUAAUAGUCUAGCUACAUAGUAUUGUAACUGAAAUAAAUAUUUUUCCAUAAUGAAUCUGAAAAGGCUGCUGCAAACUAACAAUAUUAUAUUUUUCUAUUUAACGUGGGCUAUAUGUACAUAGGAGAGCUAUUGAUGAAGUGCAUCGGGUAUUGCUGUAAACAUGUUAAGGGUGUUGUGUUGAUUUUUUUUUUUGAAUAGUUGAUUAAGAAACAAAACAGAAAGCUACACGCGUGUGGACAUUCCAUUGAUGUAUUUAAAACGAUGAUAAAUUAAAUGAAAAUGUGAAGUAAAAUACGAUAAUGUUGAACAAUAAUUGUAUUUAUGCGAGUUGUAGUCGCAAUUAUAUAAUAUUUUAUCUUUAUUUGUCAACAUUUUCGUGUGAUUUGUCUUCGAAAUAAUCGUGGUGAAAAUUUGAUCGGAUUAUUUCGAAGCGUGGUUAAUAAUGUAAAAGCAAUGUAUAGGGUUUAUCUAGUUGUGCACGGCGUUUUGUAUUUAGGUAUUUUAACCAAAGAUGAAUAAUUAAGGUUAUAAGAUGUAGUUUAAACUAUAUAAUAUCAAUUCGGGUGACGUAAGGUUAUAUAGCCAAGUGAGGGUGUAUCUACUUUUUUUUUGUUGCAUGGUGUAAUGCAGAUUACUAUACGAUUUAAUUUCUUGUGAUCGAAUGUUUAUUAAUUUUUCUUUUUAUGAUCCCUUAGUCGGAUAUUUUACAAUUAACCAAAUAUCAAAUUAUGCGAUUCAGUAUUAUCUACGUAAUCUAAGCUGGUCUCGGAUUAUAGCGGUAUCUCUUCUUCUACGUAUUUAGAAAGUUUUACGGGGUUCUGUUAAGUGUUUACCCUCUUUUUUUUCGUAUCCGUAUUUGAAUUAUUAUUUUUUCUAAAAAUCUUUUUUUGAAUGUUCCAAAUUUUGUACUGUGAUUAACGAAGUAAUAUCGUGUGUACCAAUGUAAAUACGAAUGUGUAUAAAUUCGUUCUAUUUUGCCCAUUUUAUUUUCCCCUCUCCCCCCAUAUUUUGUUGUCUCAUCAUAUCAGAAAAGACGUUAUCGUUUUUGGUAUCUCGAGAGUUAAUUUGAGAUUUAAUCUCGGUGUUGUAAAAACAUUUCCAGGUGUGGUGCGAUGUGGUUCUUUUUUUGCCUGUAAUGCAUUCGUGGUUUUUAAUGUUUUUUUUUUUUUUUUUUUUUUUUUAAUUUAGAUUAUGAGUUUUGCUCUUUGUGUAUGAUGUAUUUUUCUUCUUUUUUGUUUGUCUUACUUAAGACUGAAAUAUUAGUUAAAUUAUUUAUUCGUAGUUAAUUUGUGGUUUUGUAUAUAUACCUGCGUGCUACGUGUGUAUAUUAUGUAUUCGAUGAUUGUGUCCUAAAUUAUGUUUAUGUAAAGUUUUAUACCUUUGAAAAUAUAAAAAAUGUAAUACGA